UACUCGCAUCGCGUCUGGUUCGGAGGAUAAGACUGUGCGACUGUGGGAUGUAGGGACGGGACAACCAUUGGGUGAGCCCUUGGAGGGGCACACUGGAGCAGUUAUGUCAGUCUCGUUCUCACCGAAUGGUACUCGCAUCGCAUCUGGUUCUGAGGAUCAGACUGUGCGGCUGUGGAGUGCAGUGAAUGUGAAGCCAUCCUCCGAGUCCAGAGAACCAGAUUCCUCCGCAUUUUCGCUGCAUCGAAGCACCACACCUUCCACCCAAGAAAGCCGUAUCAUGCCAACCAACACUUGGAAUAAUCGCCUCAUUUCCUUCUCAUCCAGCCUGAAACACGCUUUGCCCAACCCCGCUGACCUGCUUGAACCCGCCUCUCACCAUGAUUCUAAUUCAACCCCUUUCUUGCUGCAGGGUGAUGGAUGGGUGAUGGGACCCGAUCAUCAGCUCCUUUUCUGGGUACCCCCCGCUUCCCGACAUGCAUUUUAUACUCCUUGGACUUCAUUGGUGAUACCCAGAGGAUAUCCGCAGCUUGAUUUGAGCCGCAUGGCGUAUGGAACGCGCUGGUCGAGUUGCCGAGAUGUUUCCACGUAGCAAAGAUUUUACUGUACCAUUUGAUUCUUUGAUUCCUUGCCAGUUUUAUACCUAGCACUGAGCCUGAAUUCACGGUCGUCCGACUGAACGAUGUGCUGACAAGCUGACUGGGUGGAAC